AUGGAGUAUUCGAAAAAAUCUCAACCUUCCACCGCCGCCGUUGGUCUCACCUCGGAUCAAGGCCAUGCCUUGACGAUGGCUUCACGCCAACAUGAUGUCCAGGGGAACUUACCGGAGAUGGAGAAAUCUCUCGACAAGAUAUCAGAGAUCGAGAAAACCCAAAAGUUCGAAUUGCAAACAUUAAUAUUGGAGCUGCUUAGCUUACUAAGCGCCAGUAGUUGUGGCCUCGUUCAACCAGUCAGUCACAUGCCGGCAAUCACCUUGACAAUGGCUUCCACCGCUGAGCCCACCCCUGGUCAAUCGGAAGUGGAGAAAUCUCUAGCCGAGCUUUUCGCCCAACAGAAAUCCAUAAUGGAGGAGCUUUGCCUGAUACGCGCCAGUAUUGCUAGCCUCAGUCAAUCCCAAAGGACAACAACUCCAAAUUUCACGGAGAUUUACGAAAGUCCCACCCGUGAACCCUUUAAUCCUUACCCAAGGUCAGUGCAUUAUGGCUUAGUGGAUUUCAUCUUAUCUUCUUAA